AUGUAUAUUGUCGUGAGCAGUUACUUGCUCAAUUGUGAUUGUGAUGAUAAUUUUGAGAUUGAGAAGUUUGCAUCACUACUGUGUGUCCCCAAUAAGACGGACACAUCUAUUGUGGAUAAAGUGGUUGAAUGUAAUCACAACGAAACCAAAUCAACCGAAAAGAUUGCGUUAGAAAACAAAUUCAAACAAUAUUUGAAGGAUUGCUUUAAUAAAUCUGAUGUGAGCGCCUACACCAAAGUGGACCUGGCUAAUGAUGAGCGCAAGCUUAUGUUAAUAGGGUAUUGCGAUCACAAAUUUAUUGAUUGUGGUGUACAAGUGUUUAAGAAUAAUCAAGCUUUAAGGGAUAACCAUGAACAGUUUAGCAAGUUGGCAAACAAAACUGAGCAGGAGAUAUAUCAUAAGUGUCUUAUGAAUAUUUUCAAGAAGUAAUAUCAAUGAUAAUUAACCUGAACAAACC